CAAAUUCUAAUUACUUAACACGCUGGGAUGCUUGUUUUGUCUCCUUUCGGAAUACGUUUUAUAUUUUCAAAAAGAGAAAUAAGUGAAAGUGCGAAUGAUACUGUGUAUUUGUGCCUCAUCUAAACUCAAAACAGCAAAUUCACAUUUAAUAACAUAGACACACACCUCUAUAUGGACAUACUAGUAUUUCCGGAUCCUGUGUUGACGAUCAAUUAAAGCGUACCUUUUUGAAAGAAAAAUAGAAACCUUUUAAAGAAUGCAGCAACGAGAAGAAAAACAACUGGAAACAUCAAUUGAUGCCCUUAUUACCAGAGUGGCUCACUUGAAGGCGUCCUUGCAGAGUUUUAUCAUUAAGCUUGAGACUGAAUAUGACAGACUGACAUGGCCCUCUGUGCUUGACAAUUUUGCUCUAUUAUCUGGUCAGCUGAAUACUAUUAAUAAACUUUUAAGAAAUGAGAAAACCCCUGCCUUUCGGAACCAGGUCAUCAUUCCAUUGCUACUGUCUCAAGACAGGGAUGAAGAACUCGCUAAAUUAACAGAGCAGCGGGUUCCUGUAUUUAGUCAUGAGAUUGUUCCAGAUUAUCUACGUACAAAACCAGAUCCUGAAGUAGAGGAACAGGAGAAGCAACUCAACACUGAAGCAGCUCGAAUGGGAACAGAUGUAGCUCAGAAACAAAUUCAAGCACUCAAUAAACUCUGCACAAACCUUCUGGAAAAGCUUAACAAUCCUCGUGAAGAUCGGGAGUCUGAGAAUGCUGCAAUACGACAGAACAAACCAACCUUUAAUCCUGCUGAUACUAAUGCACUUGUUGCAGCAGUGGUAUUUGGAAAAGGUCUGUCAAAUCGCAGGCCUCAAGGUCCAGGUGGUUCUGUACCUCCUGGACAGACUGUUGGGGGAGCAGGACCUAUGCUUUCUGGAGGUCCCACGUUACAGCAGGUGACUAUGUCAGGAGCUCCUAAUCAACAAGUGGCAAUGGGACCUCAGGUAACAAACCAACAAGGACAGCCAGGAAAAAUGCCCAGCAGCAUAAAGACCAAUAUCAAAUCUGCUUCAAUGCAUCCCUAUCCACGAUAAAUGUUGGCUCACUGAACCGUAUGUAUCAAGGACUGCAGCAUUGUCUACCUGAGCAAGAAAGACCUGGAGUUAUCAUCCUCAGAGUAGUACUGAGAGUUCUGCAAAUUUCAUGUUCAUUUUGAAAUAUUUCAGUAUCUUAGAAAGAAAAGGAAGUUUAUGUAAUCCUGUUAAACUAACUUGAAAUAAUAAAUAAGCUGCUGUUUAGCUGUUGUUAUUAUCCUGCUAUCAAAAUAUCACUAUGCACCAAUGUAACAAUCACCAUUCAAAAUACAUUUUUGAAGUACUUCUGUAAGAUCAGUCAAACCUAAGAAUCACAGUAUUAUUAUGUGUGUUUUUCUUAACGCUGUCUCUGUUUUAGUUUAUGGUGUGCCUAGUUCUUGCAACUUCAGUUAUUAAAAAAAUCAAAAACAAUGUUAUUUUAAUGCUAAUAUUGGGAUAAACAUUAAACUUAAGUUAAUAUUUACAUGCAAUUACAGUUUUUUCUCUGCAUAUUACUUCUAUGAUCAAUAACUCGAAGUUGUAAGUUUCAAUUUCAAGAUGUAAGAUUCUUAAAUCCUAUUUAAUGCCAUUCUCUUUUGUAAUAUUAGGACAAUGUUAGGGACAGGUGCUCUGAAUAUUUAAUUUCUUUAAUAGUAAAGAUUUUAUAAGGCUGUUUUGCAUACAAUGAAUGAAAUACUCAAGGACAUUUAUCUUUAUCUGCCUCAUGUGAAAACAAGUCCUUAUUGAAGUUACUGAGUUACAUUUUUGCUGCCCUCUAGUGGUGACACUGCCAUAUUUUAAUUUUGCCUUUGUGUCUAGAAUAAAAUGCCUACACAAUUAAUGCAUCUUAAA